AUGAAUAUCUGCAACAAACCUCCUAACAAGGUAGCUCCAGAGAAUUUGGAUGAAGCUGUUGCUGAGGUGCCGGUCCAACGUGCUCGAAGGAAUGGCUGGAGCUGGCCUCUGCACCUUUUCCAGGUUACUGCCUGGCUGCUCUACCUUUUCUUUGCGCUGGUUGGCUUUGGAAUCCUGGUUCCUCUCCUGCCCCGCCACUGGCUGGCCGCUGGCUAUAUCUGUCCGGGGGUGUGUUUUAUCUACCAUUUAGUUGUUCAUCUUAGUGCAGUCUCCAUUGAUCCUGCGGAUGCAAAUGUGAGAGAAAAAAACUAUCUAGGGCCUCUGGCCAACUUCAGUCGUAAUCAACACGCACAUGUCAUUGAAAACCAUCAUUGCCAUGUCUGUGAUGUAGAUGUGAGUGCCAAGUCAAAGCACUGUGGAACUUGCAACAAAUGUGUGUGUGGCUUUGAUCACCACUGCAAAUGGUUCAACAACUGUGUGGGAGAGAGGAAUUACUGGCUCUUUCUGAACAGCGUGCUCUCUGCCAUCCUGGGCCUCGGGCUCCUGCUGCUCGUCGCUUGCUACGUCUUUGUGGAGUUCUUCGUUGACCCCAUGAUGCUUCGCUCUGACCAGCACUUUGAUGCUCUGAAGAACCACACAGACCGCUGGUUUGUGUUUCUUCCUGCAGCUCCUGUUGAGACUCAGGCACCUGCCAUUCUGGUCACAACUGGGAUUUUCAUUCUUCUGAGCCUAGUGACCGUCAUCCUGCUAGGCCACCUCUUGACUUUUCACAUCUAUCUCUCGUGGAACAAGUUGACUACGUACGAGUACAUUGUGCAGCAGCGUCCCCAGCAAGAGGUGAAAGAGGUAGACAAGCAGCUGGAAUCUUGUCCCUCCCAGGUGAGACCCAGUCAGGUACUCGUUGUAUUUUCAGUCCAUUUCUCAAAAACAGCCUCGCUUGUCCACGGUUUCCUGAGCCAGCGAGGAGCACAGCGGCGGCAACG